AUGGGUAUCAAGUUCUUGUUGAUUCUUGGUCUCUUGACCCUGGUCGUAGUCGCGGAAACAGCCAAUGUCACUUGGUCCCUCACCAAAUCUUGUGUCAAUGGCCAAGGCUGCAUUGGAGACGAAGAUGGGCUUGAGUCCUUGAUGGAUUCUGAGACCAACAGGCGCCAACUAGCCGCAAGUCGCAGGUACAUCAGUUACAAUGCACUCAAGAAGAACAAUGUGCCGUGUAGCCGUCGUGGCCGGUCUUACUACGAUUGCAAGAAAAGGAAAAGGGCUAACCCUUACAGGCGUGGGUGCAGCGUCAUCACGCAUUGCUACAGGCACGCUUCUUAA